AUGGAAGCUAAAGCUAAUGUUACUAUAUCUACUAACAUGAACUUCAUUCCCAUUCAAAAUAAGACAAACUUUAAGGAUUGGAAAGAGAACAUUUAUAUUGUUCUAGGCUGCAUGGAUUUAGACCUUGCGUUAAGGAUUGAUACACCCGCAACUCCUUUGGAAAAUAGUUCAGUCGAUGACAAGGCUAACUAUGAGAAGUGGGAAAUGUCAAAUCGCAUGUGUCUCAUUAUCAUAAAGCGCGACAUUCCAGAGGAAUUCAUGGUGCAAUAUCUGAGGAUAUAUAUUACCAACGCAAAGGUGUUCCUUACAGAAAUCGAAAAACAAUUUGUAAGGAAUGAUAAGGAAGAAACGUGA